AUGGGGGAAUCACACGGGCACCCUGACCUGAGCAAGAUUCAGGCACCAGCUCAGCACGACCUUGCCCACCUUGGGACCAUGCUCUGCAGCCUCUGUAUCCUGCUCUACCUGCUUGCUCAGGAAUCUUCUCCUGAGGCUCAGGCCGAGGUCCCGGUGCUGCUGUUCCCUGAAUCCCACUCUGGUCUGAAGAGGCAGAAGAGGGACUGGAUUAUCCCUCCCAUCAACUGUCCUGAGAAUGACAAAGGACCGUUCCCUAAAAGUCUGGUUCAGAUCAAAUCCAACAGGGACAAAGAAACCAAGGUUUACUACAGUAUCACUGGCGAAGGAGCAGAUAAGCCCCCCGAAGGGGUCUUCACAAUUGAAAGAGAAACGGGGUGGAUGAAAGUGACGCAACCGCUGGACAGAGAAAAGAUUCCAAAAUACACGCUUUAUUGCUAUGCAGUGACUUCUAAUGGGGAUUCCGUGGAAGAACCUAUGGAGAUUGUGAUUACCGUGACUGAUCAGAAUGACAACAGGCCCAAAUUCACCCAGCAGAUCUUCGAGGGCUCAGUAGUUGAAGGAUCACCUCCAGGAACCUCCGUGAUGCAAGUCACCGCCACAGAUGAGGAUGAUCCGAACACUUCCAAUGCAGUGCUUGCAUACGCUAUCCUCAGCCAGGAGCCAAAACAGCCUCAGGAUAACCUAUUCACCAUUAACCCAGCUACCGGCGUGAUCAGUUUGCUCACCUCAGGGCUGGACAGACAGACCGUCUCACGGUAUACAUUGACCGUUCAAGCCGCUGACAUGAAAGGCCAAGGCUUACGAACAACGGCCACAGCAGUAAUAAACGUCAGUAACCCGGCUGGAAGCAUGGAGCCAACGGGUUCUCCCUUGACUACUCACGUGUUGGAUACUGCAUCAGGUAUUCCUGCCCAGGGUCUUCUGCUGCGCCUAUCCAGGCUUGAAAAUUCAAACCAGCAAUGGAGCGAGUUGCGGAAAAGUUACACCAAUGCAGAUGGCCGCUGCCCUGGGCUCUUAACUUCUUCUUCCCAGCUGAAGCCUGGUACCUACAAGUUGUUCUUUGACACAGGAAGUUACUGGAAUCAAAUGGGACAAACAAGCUUCUACCCAUAUGUGGAGGUUAUCUUCACCGUUACAAAUGAAACCAAGAAGCUUCAUGUGCCCUUGCUGUUGAGUCCAUUCUCCUACACCACUUACAGGGGCAGCUAGGAUGCCAACAACCCAAAAAAACAAGUGAGCAGAAGAAGGAAAGGUCCACGAGGCUAGCCACCCAACCUCUUACAAAUCUUAUGCCUCACCCUCUUCCUGAGCCUGUCACUAAUGUCGAAAAGGCUGCCUGUGGUAAUCACAAUAGAAUAUACUUUGCAUUCGUCUUUCUUUCAUCUCAAAUAUAAAAUCUCCUGUUCUCCCUCCGUAGUAGUUUUCCAGCUAGUUGCUGUGAUAAAGCGGCUGAGAUAAUCUGUG